GCUUUGCCUCCGCGCGAGCCGCAGCGAUUCGCUCCUUCAGCAGCCGAUGCUUGUCCCUCACUGUCAAAAUUCAGAGAACAGUUCGUUUCCUUAAAUAACCUCAGCAGAGCAUGAACGUAGGAUUCUUAUCCAGCUGAGUUACGGAUUUAAAGCGGAGAGAGGAGAGCGUUUGUUCCCUGGACAUCAUUUGAAGUCAUGCCAGUUCCAGAACAGCCUGCUGAAGUAGAGAACGCCACCAUGCUCAGCCCAGGACUGAAUGCUUCUAAUGGCGACGGAUCUGAGACUGAGACCACCUCUGCCAUUCUGGCCUCUGUGAAAGAGCAGGAACUGCAGUUUGAAAGAUUAACUCGAGAGCUGGAGGCGGAGCGUCAGAUAGUGGCUACUCAGCUGGAGCGAUGCAAACUGGGAUCUGAGACAGGUGGCAGCAUGAGUAGCAUCAG